CGAGGGGCUUACGCGCAAGUGCACGUGCGAUCCAAUUCGAUCAUUCUAUGACGUGAAUUGGAUCGCAGCCGUCUCGCGACUUCCUUUCCCGCUCGGGGUCUCCGGCAACUCAGCCGAGCAGAAGGGAGGGUGGAGCGGGCGCCUCAGGGAGGGAAAGGGAAGGAACCGACGAAGGGCCAGCAGCGACCGAGUUGAGCCGAGCCGAGAUUCAGCCCCACCGGGAAAGACAGACCAGGAUAAGAUUACGCCCUCUUGCUUCCCGUCCUAGCUCUGGAAACGCCAACCGGGACGGCGUGGCUUGAAGGAGAAAGCGAGGACGCCAGGGGCUAAGGAACCAGAUCCAGAGGGCAAGCUGACCUGAACAGAUCAUGCAAAACGAUCGCUCUGAAUUCCUUCAUAAUCUGGCCCAGCAGCCUUUACAGUGGCGUAGUGAACACAGAGAGGUCCGGGUGACUGUGCGGAGCUCCAGAAUCCAACCCAGUGACUUUGCUCCUCCACGAGCGUUGCUGAGGAAGACCUUGGUGGCCGUGGAUAUUGUGUGUUUACUUGUGGCCUCCAUCCCAUUCUUCAUCUGUGAAGUUGGCCUCAUUUCUCCAGUGCGCCGUGGCUUCUUCUGCAAUGACAGCAGCAUCAGCUACCCGCUGCAGCAUUCUGAGACCAUCACUGACACCGUGCUCAUUUCAGCAGGCACCCUGAUCCCCUUCCUAGCAAUCACUGUAGGCGAAACCUUCCAUGUGCACACUCUGCCUCACAGUUCACGCUCUAUAAUCUCCAAUCCUUACGUGGCUGCCCUCUAUAAAGAAAUCGGGGCCUUCCUUUUUGGCUGCAGCGUGGGCCAAUCACUCACUAACAUGGCAAAAGUUUCUGUGGGUCGGCUCCGUCCACAUUUUCUGACUGUCUGUCGGCCUAAUUUCACUCUCACCAGCUGCUCUGUUGGAUACAUGGAGGACUAUCUUUGCACUGGAAGCCACGCUAAGGAGAAGGAGGCCAGAAAAUCCUUUUACUCUGGCCAUGCCUCCUUUGCCAUGUAUACCAUGAUGUAUUUGGUGUUCUACCUGCAGGCCCGAUUCACCUGGCGAGGUGCUCGACUGCUGCGCCCGCUGGUCCAGUUUGUGUUACUGAUGUUGGCCAUGUACACAGGACUGACUCGCAUCUCGGACUAUCAGCACCAUCCCUCUGAUGUGAUUGUGGGACUGCUCCAAGGAGCGCUUGUAGCCUACUGGGUGGCCUUCUAUAUUUCCAGCAUGUUUCACUGCAAGCAGCAGCCUCAUCCUGUGCCUUCAAGCAUCUUGGACAGUCCCAGCUCAGACCAUCACACUGACUGCUAGGGAAGGCUGAAAGACAGGUAGAGACUGUCUCUGCUUUGUCAGCUGCAGGACCUUAACCCAUUCAGCCACUCACUGGGCAUUCACUGCUGUACGGACUGCAUAGGCACACUGGGACCGUCACUGCCAGCUUGGGGCUCCUUGGAAGCUCUUGAUCAUUGCUGUACCAACAGCCACUGCUGCAUCAAUUGCUGGAAGCACCAGGAGGAAGAGCAAGUGGUGCCCUACUGGAGGUAGCUGAGGGCACCUCUACUCCAGCACUAAAGAUCUCACCUUCCUCCAGGCGUUAAAUAGGGCAGCCUGAUUUUCAUCGGGAUUGGAAAACAUUAGACCAGUCCUCACUUCUUUUUGAGCUUCUCUCCCAUUGGAAAACACCAUGUCCACAUCACCACUGCCUGUUGGGCUUUCGUUUAAAACACAAAAAAUCCACUUUUUAAAGAUGGUAUUAUUCAGGAAGAGUCGCCCUUCCUCUUCACCGAUAUUGAGAUGAUCUCAUCCCUGAAGUAUUCAAUGCACUCAGAUUAUGUUGCUUGGAGAAGGAUGAUAACUGUGGAAUAUUUAGUACCUGUUGUUCUAGUGAUGCAUUUCUGCUGCUUGAAAGGCAAUUGUAUGUCUUGCAGAAAUGUACACAUAGAAGGAAUUAAUCACAAAUUCUGAAAGAAUAGAUGGGAGGAGAGUACCUAAAUUAGCCAUUCCCAGUUGGCAUAAUUACCAAUUGGCAUCUUCUAAUUAUGUUGGGAUAGCAUCUCCCAGCUAUGUGGCCAAAGCUUAGCUAAAAAGUUCAAGGAGUUACAGACCCAACCUAUCUGAUGGGUGCUAAAUUGAAGAAAACUGGUGUAAAAAAAUCAUGAAAGACCUGAUUAGAACUUCUUAUCCUCUAAGCCUGACCUCUUGUACCCCCUAUAAUGUGAAAGGUAUUUUUGUAAUAAAUGGUACUGACAAUCAUCUAA